AUGACAAAAUUCUGGGCGACUUUAUCUAAUGAUAUCUUACACAUUUUAACAAACGGAUUAGAAGAAUUUAAUGUCGUGAUAGAAGUAGGAGAAGCUCCAAAUACACAAACGUUUCACGCACAUUCCAUCAUACUUAGAGCUAGGUCACCAUACUUCCGCCAAGCGCUUUCUAAAAACUGGGCUAGAAAAGAGCGGGAUGUGAUAAAAUUUUCUAAACCUAAUAUAAGUCCAAAAGUCUUUGAAAUAAUCUUAAAGUUUAUCUACAGCGGCACCGUGAAUUUGAUGGACAAAACGAUGAUGGAAGCAUUAGAUCUAUUAAUAGCGACCGAUGAACUCCUAUUAACAGAACUGUCGGAUCAUGUUCAAGAAUAUUUAUUACAUUAUGAAGUGGGUUGGCUGGAGGAUAAUUUAAUAACACUUUGGAGAAAGAUAAAUCAAUAUGAAUCGUGUAGAAAACUACAAGAGUAUUGUUUAUCAUUAAUUUGUAAAGAUCCAAACUUCUUAUUUAAAUCACCAGAUUUUCUUUCACUCGAUUCAUCAUUAUUAGUUCCAUUUUUAAAAUUGGAUAAUUUACAAAUCGGGGAAGAUGGUAGAUUAUGUAGGGUAAGCAGGCAUCGAAGUUGUUAUGCCAUUAGAUUUAAUGGGAGAGAUUAUGGACCUUGCUUUGGGGAUAAGGAUUUAAGCAUGAAAGGGAAGUUUGAUCAAGAGGGAAGUUGUAGUUGUCAAAAAGAUGAUUAUUUUGAUAAAGUUACUGACACGGGAAGCUUUAAAGUUGAUGAAUAUGAAGUUUUUAAGAUCGUUAAAAAGUAA